AUGAGUCAAAUGACAGCAGUGAGUCGGAUAGUCGAAGAGCAACGUGCGUGGAGAAAAGACCACCCACCUGGAUUUAUUGCUCGGCCUGUACGUGAAGGUGGCAAACCCGACUUAUUUCGAUGGGAGUGCCUUGUUCCUGGUGCAAAGGAUACGAUAUGGGAGGGUGGGUAUUACCCAGUCAAAAUGAAUUUUUCACCGGAGUACCCUGCGGCACCUCCUCGUUGUUAUUUACCCGAAGGGUUUUUCCAUCCCAAUGUCUUUCCCAAUGGGCAGAUAUGUCUGAGUAUAUUGAAUGAAUCGUAUGACUGGAAGCCAACGAUCUCUAUCAAACAAAUUUUAGUUGGGAUCCAAGACUUACUCGAUAACCCAAACAAAGAGUCUCCAGCACAACACCCUGCUAAUCAAGCAUUUGUUACAAACAUGAAAGAGUAUAAAGCGGGAGUUCUCAAUCAAAAGAAAAAUUACUUGAAAGACACUUUAUAA